CUGUAGAGUUGAAUAUAGGAAAAGGUUCAAGUGAUGUUUUCAUUCAUCACAUCGUAUUGUUUAAGAAAUUAUUAUUGAAUCAUAUUUAAGUGAAAUUAAAAUUAGAAAGUAAAACGAAACAAAUUUCGAUUGUUUUUUAAUAAAAUGAAUUCAAUAAAUGUUCGGUAAUGUUAAUGUUGUGUCGAUCAAUUCCAUUUUGUGACUGCAUAUAGAACGGAAUCGAAAUGAUGCGAAUUUCGAAUAAACAACGUGCUAUAAUCAAUUCGGCUGUGAAACCACUCAAAAUAACGUCUAACUACUUGGGACCCGGCUUACAAAAUUUAAUAAAAUAUUAUACAAAAUACUUUACCAAACGUCGAUUUUCAAUCGUACACCAUUUGCCAGCGUAUAAAAAUAGCAAAUACAAUUAUAUUUUAACUGUGUUGUUCAAUGCAUAUGUGCAAAAAGGUGGAUUUGCAAAAAAACGUCAUCCGCACACAUGGCGAUUUUAUGGUAAUACUCUAUUAACGAAAUAUGGCCGAAAAGAACAACACAAAGAGCUGAAAAAGAAACGAAAAAAGGUUCGACGUCAAAAGAAAAAAACCACAUCAAAAAAUGUUCGAUCAACCGAAAUGCAUGCAAAUGGCGGCGAAAGUACCGGCACCAAUUCUAAUCAAACAAAUAAAAGUGAUGAGGAUAAUGAUAGUAAUGACAGCGAUGUGAUUGAAAUUAUCUCAACGCCACCAAAAGCACAAACAAAUUGCACGAUAACCGAAAACGAUUCCAAUGAUAAAACAAAAGCAACAACAAACUCAAGCGAUGCAACCAAAAUCUGGGGUUUGGGCCUUCAGAAAAUUUCCAAUCAUUUUACGGACGAAAAUGAAAUUAUUGAAAGUACAAACGACAAUGAAGAUGAACCGAAUGAAGUUAAACAGAGUACAGUUGAUAAAAUUGUUCAUGAUAGCGAGCAAAUUAAUUGUGUUGAUGAAGAAUCACAAGGACAAUCAUCAAAAUCUUCAGGUGGUGACAUCAAUGAGAAACUGCGACAGCAGCUAAAACUCUUAAAAAUGGGCAAAAGUGAUAAUUCUUUAUUCGCACCAAAAGAGAGUCGUCCUUUAAAUAUACGAAGUAAAAAUUCAUCAUUUCGACGUUCCAAUUCGAAUUUAUCGAUUGAAUCUGGCACAAAUACAAACACAAAUUCAAGAAGAAGCGUUAAUGAUGUUGGUACGUCAAAAUCGACCAAUAAUUCAUUGGAGUGCAGUCCGAAAUCAGCUGCUGAUGAUGAUACUAAUAAAAAUGCCAAAAGCACAAGCCAUGAAGAGAACAAUGAGGCGAACAAGUCACCAAAAGCAAUUGGUGGUAUGAUAGAUUCAUUAUUUAAUAAAUUUCAAUCGAUAUUGCCGAAACGUUCGUCGAAAUUGAGAUCAACACAAUCGCCAACAAUGAGUUCAGCCGUACCAGCUAAACGAAUGAAACGCGACGACACUGUUGAGAGUCUUUUAUAUGCAUCACUUGAUUCAAAUUUAGAUGAUUCAAAUCAAUCGGAAACAUCGAUGUCGAUGGAAUUUCUUGGAUUUGAUAUUUCGAAUAAAAACGUUGACGUUUCUGCACUUUUGCCCACACCAAAGGUACCAUCCUCAUCGAAUAAUCAUUCGGCGGCUUUUUUCAGUGAAUCAUUGGACACGUUUAUGAAAGAGAAUUUAUUGGAAAAAAGCAACGAUCAAUUACCAUUUGCACCGAUAAGAUGUAGUCGCGAUGAAGCGCUCAUGACAUUUGAUGCACAACCACCGAGUUUAUCAGUACCAGAACGGCCGAAUGAUAUGCAGCGUCCGCGUACAUUGGCCGAAAAACGAAUGAUUUUACAACAACAGAAUGACAUUAGUAUUUUAAUCAUUGAAAAUGAAUCGACGGUGUAUCAUGAGCUAAAGAAACGUGUCAGACAGGGUCCUUCAUAUGAUAGUACUAUGAUACGUAGCAUUCAAAAUACAAGUAUACCAUUUACGCGUGAUUGUUGGCGAGCAGCUUGCUGGAUAUCAACGUCAAACAAUCGCUUUUUCUAUCGUACAGUAUUGUUCGAUGGUGAAGAAAUCAAAUUGGCCGGUAGCCGAGGUGAUAAUCCAAAUAAACUCGCAAUUGACAUAAAACCGAAUGAGUUGUCGUCUACAAAUCGACGAUUAUCAUACAUUUGGAAUGAAUGUCCAAAGAAAUGUCCGGCCAUCGAUGAUAUUAAAAUCAAUAACAUCGAAGUCAUUGUUAAUGAUAAAGAAAAUGCCAAUGGAAAUACAGAAGAUGCAUCACAGACAAAAGAAAAAUUGGCAUUAUUAAAAAAAUCAAGACUGUGCAUGUUUUCACGUGAAUAUUUGACACCCGGGCCGAAAUGUAAGAAAGUCAAAUGUAAAUCAAAUCGAAAGACUUCAUUUGAUUUGGAGUAUGGACCAUUGGAAUUAGUUCAAUUGCCGAUGGUUCAAUUAGAAGUUUGGCCGCAAGUUGGUUUAUCACUUUCUGAUCAUAUCAAACCUCUUCUUAAAACAAUUCCAACAAAUUCGAAUGUUAUCACACCGGAAUGGGCCAAAUUUGCCGCAUCAGUUGUCAGGGAACCACCAAAGCAAAAAAAACAUCGACGAAAGUACAAAAAACCAGACACCGAACCUCCCGAAUCAAUUGUUUUUAAUAUUCCAUAUGAAAAUAAUGAAAGAAAGAUAUUGAUUAGACGACGAAGGCGAUCGUCAAUUGUGUUUAAUAAAAAUGAUACAGUUAACGAGCAUAUCGAAUCAUUCUAUCGGGAAAAUGAUGACGACGAUUAUUUAUCGUUUAAAAAACAUGUCGAUCCGAAUGAUAAACUUUCCGUUGAAUGCGCCGACAUUUUAACAAACAUGAUUGAUUCGAUUGCGAUAGCAGUAAAUGAUACGAAUUUUAUAAAACAAGAUCCGGAUAUUGAUUAUGUUGGCAGAGUUGAACCGGUUUGUGCGUCAAAAGAAUCUACCAAAACUACUUUUAAAACAGAAAAAGACAAAAAUACUAAAUCGGAAAAAACAUCGAAAAAUAAACUGAUAAAGGAACUGAGGCGAUUGAAUGUCACCGUCAUUGAUACGGCCAACGAAAUGUCAACGAGUAAAAAGACCGAUGAACUGUGUCAGAAAUCAUUCUGUAAAUUGGGAUGCGUUUGCGGAAGCAUUGAUACGGCCAAAUACAUUCAAAUACAUUGUCAACGGCCAGAAUGCAUGUUUGAAUGUGUUUGUGUCAAUUCACCAUUUAAGGAGGGCAAUCCAUUUUAUUUGAACAACAGUUUUGAUGCAUUGCAAGCGCGAGCAAAUGCUUGCCUAGCCAAAGAGGAAAAAGAGUUUAAAUCAACGAUUAUUGUUUCGGAAAACGAUAUGUUUGUGUUGCCAAACACUUCGACCGCCACAAAACGUAGCUCGAAAAAACCAAAACGUUUCACAAAUGAUGAAACCUAUCUCGAAGACACUGAAACCGAAACGAUUUUCAAAUCAAAACGACGACGACCAGAGGAGAAAGUAACAGUAAUUGAACCCCGUCCAACACCAAAUAAACAUCGUUACAAUUUAAUAAAAUCGCUUCAACAUGUGCGUGUCGAAUUAAAAUCAUUGCCCGAACUUGGGGUGGAACCAUGGUGCUUAGUGCAUUGCCUUUAUAAGUGUCAUUGCAAAGGACGAGCACAAAAAGGUCGUAUAUUUAAUUUUGCAAAUAAAAAGAACGAUUUGAUUGGUCCAGGCGGUUGGGAAAUGAUAACGCCACGCAAAAGACAAUACACAUUUGAACGUGAAAAUGGUGUUGGCAGUGGCGAUGAACCAUUGCAAAAGAUUUCAAAAAUUGUUACACCAGAUGUUGUUCCGAAGAUUAUCACACCAGAAUCUCAACCCGUCAUUUCAACGAUACCAUUAGCUGCUCGAACACGGGUGUUCGAUUGGAGAAAACGUCCACGAAGAACGCAACAAGAACUGAUUAAACUACGAAAUGAAUGUAAUUUUGCCGAAAAUACAGAUGUCGUCAGUUUAUUGCAUCAAAGGAUAAUGAGGUGCCGAAAAUAUAAUCAAGCUCAAAAUAUGCUUGCAAAAUCAAUGGAGCAUGGACGAUUAGCAGCUAAAUUAACAAACGGACAUUCAACAACAACAAAUAAAUCACUUCAGCAUAUGAAUCAAGUAAUCACAGAAACAAUGCAUCGUUUAACUUCAUUACAAGAACGUAAUCGUUUGUCAUUGAAUCACAAUCCAAAUAAACUGUCGAUAGUUCCAUGGAAUCAAAUAUUAUUAGCAUUCAAAUCGCAUCAAAUCUUCAUUUGGGACAUUGAACUGAAGAAUAAUCUACGUUUAUUGGCAUUGACCACCACACAUGUUACACCAAAAGAUGAAAAACUGAUUCGUGUCACCAAUAUUAGUUACACUGAAGAUGUGAAUAGUUUGCCAAUGGUUGCCAAAAUGCUGAGGAAUGAAUACCAAUCGGAUAGAACCAAAUAUUUAUCAAUGCUUCUGUUACGGCUAACACAUUUUUGGCGAAUAUGUGGCGUUCUGCAUAGCGAUCUUAAGUAUAUGGAUGAUGAAAUUCGAUCGAAACCAACACCUGAUCAAAAUCCAAAACUAAGCCAAAAGAUUAACAACCUUUAUCGGCUGCUAACAACUCGUGAAAUUCAAAAUGCUCGACCAUUAACUGAUGAUAAAGUGGUCGGAAAUUCUUCAAAUGAAUCGAUUGAUUUACAAGAGUCGUCAAAUCAAUGUGAUAGUACAUCGAGUCCAUUAUCGAGUAGUGAACCGCAAAAUGUUGCCGGUGAACAAACUGAAUCGUUAGAAACGCCCAGAAGUAAGGUCAAACGAUAUUUCGAAAAUACAUCAAUGGGUUUGACACUGCCAUUGCCAUGCCGAUUAACGCAACGAUUGUUAAUGAUAAAUCUUGGUGAUGAUUUUACACAUCUUUGGUUUCAUAAUUGGCAUGACUUCUUAAGCAUGAAAAAAAUUCAACAUUGUUUACAAGAAUCGAAACGAUUAAAGAUACCAAUUGAACUAUCGUCAAAGAAGAAUUUACCGAGAGUUUUUGUUGUGAAUACGCAUGAAAGUCGCAUUUUCAUUGGACCGUACGAGCACAACGAUCGACAAAAUGUUGCACUAUUUAUAAAGCAUGAAAAUCAUAUGGUGCUUCAUGAAAAUUACUAUAAACGUUACCCCGAAAACUACACAAAGAAAACAAAAGCAUCAUGGAUCUAUCCGACAACCCACGAAAAUGGAAAUGUAGUGCCAAAAAAGUAUGAUUAUUCGAAGAAAAGUCACUUGAAAAUUGAUCAAGUAUUUUCAAAGAAUGACAUGCCACCUGAACUAAUUUCCGAUUCGAAACGAAAUGAUGAUGAUGAAAAUGCAUCAACUAGUAGUAAUCAAUCAGUUCGUAGUGGAUAUUUCACAUUGGCGACAACGUCCAAUGGUGUAAAAGUGGUUCCAGCCAGUACAAGUGACACGAUAGUGGCCACUCGAGUAUCAUCGAAGGUGUUUGUUCCAACGAAAGUUGUGGAAUUGACUUCAACGCGUUUGGAAAAUAAUUCGAAACAAGAACCGUUACAAUUGAAAAUUUCAUCGGUUGCGUCUGGUGAAGAGGUUACACUGAUGACAAAUGGAUUCUCCGACAUUGAUGACUUAAAUAUGCAACCAAAAAUUAGUUCCGUUAAAUCAUUGGCAAAACAAGAUGAUUUGGAGAAUUUAGAUGAUGACCUUCUAGAAAAAGUACCAAGCGAAUGUGGAUCCAAACCCGAAUCCAUUGAUAUCAGCGACGAUGAGCAGCCAUCCGAUAUGAUUAACCGUCUGGAAAAAGACAUGAAUUCGAUUCCUACCAAAGCGAUAUCACCGAAUGAAUUUGGUCUUCUUAAAGGCUACAUGUACUGUAUGACGAAUAAUCAUUUGGGAAAAGUGAAUAUUGAAUGGACAGCACCAGGUCGCAUUAAAUUACAUUUGACCGAUCCAAUUGAAAUUGAUUGCAUUGAAACGGAGACGUACCAAGAGAAUUUGGCCACCGUUUCAAAUUACAUGAGUACGUAUAUUCGUGACCGUUUUUAUGCAGUUUAUCCAGCACAUUUACGUCUAGAAUGGAUCUUCAUCAAAUUAAAUGAUGACGAACAAUGUACAAGUCCCCUAUGUGAUUUAAAUCAAACUGAAGCAUUUUCGGUUGUGUUUAAAGACAAAAUCGUUGAAAUCAAUUCAAAUUAUCGGGACGAUCCAAAGUUAUCAACAAAGGACAAAUAUGUAUUAGACAUUUACUAUUUAGCUAGUCAAUUAUUCAAACAAGAUGAAGUUAAAACAAUGAAAAUCACAGACAUCAUUAAACGGAGUCAACUCAUCGAUGCUCAAUUAGAUGAACAACAAAUUAAAUUGAAAAAAUAUCAAGCCCAUUACAAAAAAACAGUUGACCGUUUCACUACCAUUUUUACUAAACAAGUUGAUAAACAACCACAAAGUGGUACAGCUUAAAAAUGGGCACAUACAAAUAUAUACUUAACAGUGUUCAUUAUAUCAACAAAUUGCGGAUUUGAAAAGUAAAAUUAAUGAAAAUAUGUUUAGGUUUUAUAAUCGCAGGCAACUUAUCAUGGUAUGAUGAUGUUUAAAAAGAAAUUCACUCGAUUGGCGAGUGUUAUAAUCAGUCGAUAUGAAUGCAUGUAUUAAAUAUCUUGCUUGUAUGAAGAUAAAAGUUUGUGAAUUUUUACGGUAUGGUAGAUUUGUUUUGAAAUAUUAAAAAAAAAAUUGUAUUAUUUGUCUUGUUUUGGUACGUUAAAUACUGGCAAAAAGAUUAGCAAUAAGUUAGAGAAAAUCAAAUUUUUUCAAUGAAUACAGAUUUAGUGGUUUUUUUCUCUUAAAUUUGAAAUAACUGUAUCACGAUUUUACUAAAACUCAGCCAUCAUGUACCCUUAGUUAUGAAUAAUAA